AAAGAGUAGAAAGUGUCCGUUGCGCCCGGGUGGAUCUUUCCAGAGCACUGAUGUUGGAACACUCCUCUGAGCUGGCCCUGGUGCAGAGUCUGUAUGCCAACAGCAUGCGCUGCCCCCCCUCUGCAGCCGGGAUCUCUGUCAGGAAUGAGGACCUGCCUAUGAGCAACGGCAGCAAGAUGAACGGGUCACUGGAGCACAUGGACCAGCCAGACCCAGAUACAAUCAAAAUGUUUGUGGGACAGAUUCCACGUUCUUGGACAGAUACGGAACUGAAAGAGCUUUUUGAGCCCUUCGGACCAGUGUACCAGAUCAACAUUCUUCGAGAUCGCACCCAGAACCCUCCUCAGAGCAAAGGAUGCUGUUUUGUAACUUUUUAUACAAGAAAAGCUGCACUGGAGGCCCAGAAUGCACUGCACAACAUAAAGACCUUAACUGGGAUGCAUCAUCCUAUCCAGAUGAAACCUGCUGACAGCGAGAAAACAAGUGCAGUGGAAGACAGAAAACUCUUCGUGGGAAUGGUUUCAAAAAAAUACGGCGAGAACGAGGUCAGAAUGAUGUUCUCGUCUUUUGGACAGAUCGAAGAGUGCCGAAUCCUCCGAGGCCCAGAUGGUCAGAGCAGAGGCUGUGCGUUUGUCACAUUUGCUACCAGGGCAAUGGCACAGAAUGCAAUCAAAACCAUGCAUCACUCUCAAACUAUGGAGGGCUGCUCCUCGCCUCUGGUGGCGAAGUUUGCCGACACGCAGCGGGAUAAGGAGCAGCGCCGCCUGCAGCAGCAGUUCGUGCAGCAAAUCCAGCAGAUUAACAAUGCCCCCUGGGGGAACCUGGCAGGGCUUGGGACCCUGACACCACAGUACCUAGCUUUGCUCCAGCAGGCCACGUCGACCACUAAUCAAAGCAGUUUCAAUGGCCUUCAGAGGCUAGGAGGAGGUGUGAACCCUCUUCAGCUGCAGAACUUGGCCACAUUGGCAGCAGCCGCAGCUGCAGCCCAGAGUUCUGGCAGCCCGAGUUCAACCAAUCCUCUGUCUACGAACAGCGGCGCUCUGGGGGCUCUGGCCAGUCCAGCGGGGUCAACAGCAGGGUCCAGUGCUGGUGCUGCCAUGAACACCUUGGCUUCUCUGGGCACACUGCAGGGUCUGACUGGCACCUCUAUGGGCCUCAACAACCUUAACGCGCUCACAAGCAGCGUUGGUGGUAUGGGGGCCAUGAAUGGUGGCCUAGGAGCCUCCUUGGCCAACGGGUCGGCUGCCAGCUCCAUGGACGCUCUGACCCAGGCCUACUCAGGGAUGCAGCAGUACACAGCUUCCGCCCUCCCCUCCCUCUACAGCCAGUCUCUGCUGCAGCAGAGCAUGGCUGGCAGUCAGAAGGAAGUAGGGCCAGAGGGCGCCAACCUGUUCAUCUACCACCUGCCACAGGAGUUUGGGGACCAAGAUCUUCUGCAGAUGUUCAUGCCUUUUGGAAACGUGGUCUCUGCCAAAGUCUUUAUUGACAAACAGACCAAUCUGAGCAAAUGCUUUGGGUUCGUCAGCUACGACAAUCCCGUGUCUGCGCAGGCUGCCAUUCAGGCCAUGAACGGUUUCCAGAUCGGAAUGAAGAGGCUGAAGGUUCAGCUGAAGCGCUCCAAGAACGACAGCAAACCCUACUGAUCCUAGGCUGGGGGUCUCCCCCCCUCCCCAGCUCUAAUGCUAGCACUGCUAGGAACAAAUCUCCAUGCCUGUUUGCUCAUCAUUAGCCUAGCAUGUCUUCAUGAUGUUGAAAGCCAAGCCAAACCCCCCUCCCCUCUGGCCUCAUCACCCCACCAUUGUCUGUGAUGUCUCUCUAAGCUCGCCUGACCAAUACCUGGCCACCCACUGACCCUGACCUUAGCUCAACCUGAUUUCUCUGCAUGUAUAUUCAUGUUUUUGUGUUUUAUUUUGUUUGUUUCUUUGCUUUUUUUUUUCUCUGUAUAGAAAUGUGAAGGGCAGGAGAGAGGUCAAGCAAUUUAUUGUGAAAUUAUUAUUUUUGUUGCGAAUGUUUUAAGAGGGAAAAAAACCUGUGGGAUUUCUAACUUUUAAUUUAGCGACUUUUUUUUUACGUUGCUUACUUUUUUUUUACCUCUCUCAGUAAAGUUCACUUGAAGGUUAAAUACAGGGAUUGGCAUCCAGCUGUGCUAUCUGGUGCCAUUAGCAAUAUUUUGGCUUCUUAAAAAUAAAAGAAAAAGGAAAACUUAUCCUACAGACCACUUUCCAACACUUUUUUGAAAGCUUGACCAGGAAAAAUCCCUCUCGAUCUGUAUUGAUCUCUACAUUACGUGGGCAGUGUGACGAUUUUACAUCAAAGCUCCUUAAAAAUUUUAUUUCCAAAAAUUCUUCUGUGUAUUUACUUUUUUUUUCUUAAACUAUCGAUGGCACAAUAAAAGGUACAUUUGCUCUGAGAGAAAUGACUACCUACACGAGUCGACUUUUUUAGAACUGAUUCACAAAUAGACAAUCUGUGGUUUAAAUGCACACUUAGAUUACCUAUAUUUUAUACCAUUGAAUCUAUAGAGGUUUAACUAACAGAACCCAGGCGCAACUUUGGGUUUUUUGUAGAUUUAUGUUGUAUUGUCAUCUGUGUUGGAGGGGAGGGGGCGUUCAGUUGUAUUACUACUUUUUUUUUUCCUUUUUAAAGAUGACUAAAGAUCAGUUUAAUCAGCAUGACUGUUUGGGGAUAUUUGUAAAUUUAAAGAAGUCAAAGAAAAAAAUUGAGUUUGAACAAUUUUUUUUUAAAGGAUGACAUUUUGAGGCUAAUUGUUAAGUGUUCAGCUUCCAUGGUACGUCUUGUUAACUUUCUGUGAAAUUUCCUCCUGACUAAUGUUUGACUUUUGGUUCAGUUCUGAUGCCUCCAUGUUUGAAAGAUUUACAAAAUCUGUUCAUACAGACGCUAGACAAUGUUUUGUUAGAGUUUUGAAGUGCCCAUGUGUCAAACUCAGUGUUUUUUUUUAAUACACACCUUUGUUUUUGCUGUAUCAUUUAGUUUUUCUUCACACACACACUGCGACACACACACUUAGUGGUUUGAACAAGUGGGAGCCCCUGAAGAAGAGAUCAUUCGGACACAACACAACCUGUGGGUCUCCGCACAUUUAUUAAUUUUUUUAAUGCAUGUUUAAGCUUUUUAUCCUAUUUCUUUAUUUUGAAGUGAGGUCUCAGUUUUACAUCGCACGGCACAUUUAAAAACAAAAACAAAACAAAAAAAGACAAAAAAAAAAAAAGACUAAAUCCACCACAAUUGUGUUGGUGUACAAAAACAUUCCAUUACUCUGCACCAAGUUUACACUUUUUAUCAGGGUGAAAUCUUUCUCUGUUGUGCUACACGUUGUUUAAAAACAAUGCCCUGGUUUAAAAAAUAAAAGACAAAAAAAAUAAUUAAAAUCACUCUCUCUCCCACCCCACCACCAAAAAAUACAAGUAAAAGGGGUCCCAAAAACUGCUCACCUGGUGGCGCUAAAGAGUUGUCAACUCAGGGGUUUUUAUGUGUUUGAAACUCAACAACGCAGGACACACAAAAAAAUGCACAAUUUUCACUAUUUGACCUUUUUACGUUUAGAUUCUUAUUUUCCCCCUUCACCCUAAAACUCAUUAAUAUUAUAAAAAAAAACAAUUUGAAACACUGCUCAAAGUGUUCUAGUUUUGUAAGGAAAAUGUUAAGCACAAUUUGUGGGAGUUGAAACACUUUGACAGAAUGUGGUGUGUGUGAUUUUGAUCCCCAACCUUUUCAAGGUACCACCGAUUCUUUUUAAUUUUUUUUCUUCUUUGAAUAUACUAUGGGCAUGUGCUUUUUACAGUGUUUUUUCUAUCCAAAUGCAAUACAAUAUUCAAAGUGCCAUAUAUGCGUCUAGAAACUGCCUACACAUUCUUAUUAGGCCUUGGUUUAGAGAUUGCUGCAGUUCGCCUUUUUUUUUUUCUCUCCUUUGGUUUGUUUAUGCCAGAGUCAUGAAAGCUCUUAUCACCUGAUGAUGUCCCCCUUCUCCUCACCCCCCGUCCCCUCUUUACUCUGUGUGUUAUUGGUAAUUGUAUUUUGUGAUGUACUCAUUUUGAACAGUUGGUUGGUUUUAAAGCAUUGUAGAUAAACAAUAAACUUCCCUUCUACAUUUGAAAGAUUAAAUGUCUCUGUUAGUGAACACGAGUGCUGCGAUACCAACCGGGGUUUUUUUUUUUUUUUUGUGUCGGCGAGUUCAACUAAUUUGAGAAAGAAAAAGAGCUGAAAAUUGGGGUUUUGUGGAUGAGCGUGUCGAACGGGACACGAGUGAAGCGACGCAGUUUUCGGGUUUUGCUGUGAAACGACAGAACCAAAAAAACAAACAACUUUGAAAAGUGAAAUUCAAAAAGCACAGUGUGUAGUCACAGCCAUCCCAACAGGAACUCACUUCAGGGGCUUCCAUCACCAAUCCUGAUCAGCUCUAACAAUCACUUUGUUUUAUUUUCCUCUGGUUUUCCCCACAUAUUUUAUUUUCUUGGUGUGGUGAGCUUUGCAUUUCUAUAAAUAUUGGUCUGACAAGUUUAAAAAGAAAAACAAACAAAAAAAAAAACCCCUUCUGAUAAUCAAUACUUUACUAGGUGUUUUGUCUUGUCUUGAGGAAAGCCAAAGUGAUGCAUUUUGAUGUUAGAAACAGUCCAGUUUUCUUCAGUUUUUUGGGGGUGGGAUUCAAAAAAGACACAAACAGGCAAAUUUCUACAGCUGGUUGUUCAUAUGGAUUUUUGUACCAGUGACGCUUUUUAUAUUGGGGGAAAAUUAAACAAAACUUAUUGAAGAGAAAAAAAUUGGCUGGCUGCUUUAAAGUAGCCUGUUCUUGAUUUUUCUGGCUUUUGGUAAAGUCCAAAUAAUUAUUUUCCCCUUAUUUUUUUCUUUAGCCCCUAAAAGACGCCUGGUUUUGAUUUAUCUUGAUCCUGGUCUUGGUUUAACUCGGAUCUGUUUUAGUUUAGUUUUUGGGGAGGGUUGGGAUCCUCUAUAAUCGUACGUUUCAUGUUAGUAUUUGUGCUUUCCACUUAAAUUUAAUGGUCAGGGUUUUUGACAACUUGUGUGGAUAAUUGUUUUUACUUCAAGUUAACUGAGUUUGAGCCAUGAUUUUAAAUUGUGUAGUUUUCUUUUUGUUUUUGUUUUUUCCUAUUUUAGAGGAGUGCAUAGCUGAAGACUGUUUUUCUUUGAGUUUUUCUUGUUUUGGUCAGUGUUUCUGUGUGGUGUGUUUCUUUACCUCUGUCUUGAAAUUAAACCAUUUCCCUUAAUAUGAA